UGAAAUUCUCUCUUAAUCGUCCAAAGCCCUAAUACCCACACCUUUUCUAGUUGAACGGUUUUCAACUUCACUCGCCUAAGCAAGAUCGUGCUCCGUGACGGCAUCAGGCUCGUGAGGCUGCCUAACAUUUUCAUCACACCAGGUCUUCUCGAAUCUCCAUCAUGGCGUUACAAAAGCCCAUCCAAGCCCUGGUAAUUGACACUGGACCUCUUAUUAAGAACACUGUGGCCAUAUCCACCGUUCUGCAGCAGGCUGGGGAGCUUUACACCACCUCCGCCAUUCUUUCGGAAAUCCGUGACGCUGCUACACGUUCAAGAGUGGAGACAACCCUCCUUCCAUUUCUGAAAGUCAGGAAUCCGACUCCGGCCAGCUAUGAAAUUGUUGCCCAGUUCAGUAAGAAGACAGGAGACUUUCCGGUCCUCAGCAGCCAAGACUUAGGAAUCUUGGCGCUUGCCUAUGAGAUUGAAUGCGAGAAGUCAGGUGGCAAUUCGAAGGUGAGGACUACGCCUAGCCCAAAGGAGACGGUUCCGCCUGCACCAAAGAACGACGGUAAGAGACUGCAAGGCCGGUCGAGGAGAAAUAAGAAAGGUGCGACUUCCAAGACUCAAGAAUCAAAUGACGCUACAACUAAGGUCGUGAAAUCCACCGCCACGAAGGAGAUGCCCGUCCAGACAGUGGAACGAACGCCAGUAGCACCAUGGGCUAAGAAUAAGUCUCCCGCUGUCAGUCUAGUCGAGAAAACCCUGCCAACGCUUCAGGUGUCAUCACUCACAAUUGCGGAGGAUACGACCCCAGCAACGAAUGAGCCGGAGCUCGCUGCUUCAGAAGCCUACGCCGCUAAAUCGAAGGUCACAUCAACACUGUCACCAGAGCCUUUAGGUUCAUCAACUAAUCCCGAACAUUUUGAUCAAGUGUUAUCAGAUCUAAAAAAAUCAUCACCAGAACCUUCGCAUGACACAAAUCCCCCAGAACUCCUCAGGUCAGAGGAGGAGCUUUCCAAAUCGGAGACGCUAUCAAUAUCAGCGUCUGAGCCUACAAAACUACCACCCAACAGGACCUCUUCAGAAGAAUUUCCAACUCCCCAAAUUCCCCCGCAAGGCCUCGAGGAAGUAUCCGAACCAUCAGACGAUAGCGAUGGAGAAUGGAUAACCCCCGCCGGCAUCUCCAAGCACACCGCCAAAGUUUUCGGAGUCUCUACGAAAUCUCCUGCCGAACCUACUCAGAUGGCUGUAGCAACUAUGACCACCGACUUCGCCAUGCAAAAUGUGCUCCUCCAAAUGAACCUCAACAUCCUCUCACCAAACAUGGACAUCAUCAAAACGCUCCGAACCUAUAUUCUCCGCUGCCAUGCCUGCUUCUUCACAACCAAGCAAAUGGAAAAGCAAUUCUGUCCGCGCUGCGGCCAGCCUACCCUCACCCGUGUCGCGUGCUCCACCAACAAGAACGGCGAAUUCAAACUCCAUCUCGCGAAGAACUUCCAGUGGAACACGAGAGGGAAUAGAUAUAGUAUCCCGAAACCAGUAGCAGGGUCAGCGAAUGGGAAAGUGGCAGGAGGAGGGAAAGGAGCGUGGGGUAACGAGCUGAUUUUGGCGGAGGAUCAGAAGGAGUAUGUGAGAGCUAUUGGGGAGGAGAAAAGGGUAAAGGCGAGGGAUCUUAUGGAUGAGGAUUAUUUGCCAGGGAUUCUUACUGGGGAUAGGGGGAGAGUGGGCGGUAGGCCUCGGGAGGAGGGUUUAGAGUGGGGCUUCCAAAACUAUAUCAGUGGGUGCUUAGAAUACUAUGUCUCCGAAUCCACUUCCAGAAUCCCCAGUUCCACUCUCCAAAUUCCUAUAUCUGAAAACCAGGUAUUGUAA